GACCGUGUUAGAGGCGUGCAAGGAACAAGAAACUACAAUCCCCAUAAUGCAAUGGUGUGCAACCACUAACCUUUAAAAGGCUGAUCUUAGAUAAAAACUAAUCUCUAGCAUGCUGGAGCAGGAAGUGAGUGGAACGUGAUUGGGUGGGAUAGAUGCAAGAAAGCAAAGAGUAUGAAACUGAAUCUGUACGGAGAAGAAAUCAUGAAAACUGGCUGGUAUGUGUGACUACACAUUACACAGGAAGGUGAGAGGAGGGGGUCACUGAUGCCCAUUUUGCUGUGUAAUAGCGACAUUUCGAUUACUAGCCUAAUCCUACAAAUCCGUGAUGAUUACCCUCAUGUAAUGUGUGACCUACAUUUCUUAUGAUGCUUUGCCAGCCUACAGGCUGGGCAUGAUGGGAAUUGCUGUAGGCAUAUAGGGUACCAAAACAACCUACAAAUUACUGAACCCUGCAAGAGUGUUUAAUCAUUUUGUUUUUGCACUUAAACAUGCUGCAAUGCUGAUUGCAACAUUUUGUAGAAUUUUAAGUUUGAAGAUAAAUAAUACAUAGGCAUCUAUGCAAUUUAGUACUAUCUAGGUAAUGUGCCGUAAAUAUAAUGUUAUUACUAAUGUUAUUUAUAGAAGUUAAAAGAAAGCAAAGCCUAACAUCUUACAAAAGCACUUGUGAUCCAGUUGAUAUAAAUAUAAUAAUAUUUUAAGGAGGGUGACAUCUUUUAUUGUAGUGGUUAUGGUGCAAAGAGUCUUUGAGUGCAGUCCCAACUAUUUUUGUCAAACCAUUUUGAGUGAUCUGACAAAAAAGGGGUUCCUCCAGCAUACAAGGUCAUCAUCCAAUCUACUGUCACAAAAUAAUUAUGAGGUUAACUUUUUUGUUAUCCAUCUAAAGGUGAAUAGGAAUGUAAUACUCUGGGGUGCCUAGCUCUUUUAGACUAUCACUGAUUUAAAAAUGUGUACUGCAAAUCCGUAAGUAAUGUUGCUAAUUAUUUUGGAGGUGGCAGAGAGGGUCGUAUUUAAUGAGCCCCAUUUUUUUAUAUCAUUGUAUCAAAAAAAUUUCACAAAGACUCCUUGCACCGAACCCACUUAAAUACCCGUUAUGGUGCUUAGAGUAUCCCUUUAAGUCCUGGACACAAGGAAACCUGUUUGACAAGUACUGUAUUUUUUGGCGUGGGGGGGGAGUAAAAAGAAUGGAGGGGGGGGGGGGGAGUAAAAAGAAUGGAGGGAGUAAAAAGAAUGGAGGGGGGAUUAAAAAAAUAAUGGAGGGAUUAAAAAGAAUGGAGGAGGGAGUAAAAAGAAUGGGGGGGAUUAAAAAGAAUGGAGGGGGGGAUUAAAAAAGAAUGGAGGGGGGGGGAGUAAAAAGAAUAUAUCGCAAUUAGCCUCCUGUGUGCUAGACCAGCAGGCAUGGAUUAUAUGCCCAAACAGCCUGGCACAUACCUGGGCUUUAAAUGCUAUUUCAGAUUAUCAUUAUUUAAUGUCUUGCUAUGUAGCUCUGUCUGCUCACUGUACAUCAUGGCUAAUUUUUAUUUGGUGUUCAUUGGAAGAGGGGUAGUCUUAUACAGCGAGUAUAUCCCAAACUCUAUAUUUUAACUGGAAAAGUUGGGGGUCGUCUUAUACGCCCAGUCGUCUUAUACGCCGGAAAAUACGGUAAUUAACAUUCAUCUACAUGAGCUUAUUUACUAAAGAGAGAUAUGUACUGAAAGAAAAAAAAAAAAACAUCACCUUUAAACCUUUAAGGACACAUGACAUGUGUGACAUGUCAUUAUUAUUAUUAUUAUUAUUGCCAUUUAUAUAGCGCCAACGGAUUCCGUAGCGCUUUACAAUAUUUUGAGAGGGGGGGGGUCAUGAUUCCCUUUUAUUCCAGAAGUUUGGUCCUUAAGGGGUUAAACUAGUUAGCCAUAAAUCGCUGAGGUGGAGAAUAAUUACUAUACUUUAAGGUUUGCCAAUUUGGCCAUAUUUAAAAUUUUUCACUUUAAAAUUCAGCACAGCUCACUAUCUCGUAAUUAGAUCCAAUAAUAUAGGGAGGAGGACUGCAGGCAGCCAGCAUUGUGUAAGUCUCCGCCUUUGGUUUGCAGGGUGACCAUGCCAUGAGGGUAUUGAAAUCUCUCUAGCUGCUCAGUCCCAUAUGCAGCAGAUGGCUUCAGAUGUGCACAAAAUGUCAGAGCUGGAAGGUGGAGUUGCAAGUUCUUCCACGUUGACCAAUGAAAUCAAUGAUAUCCAACGUUCUGAGAGUCCGGCCCCUGCACUGGCUCAAGGCACAGAACCAGGUAAGCGCGAAUGAAUGCUCUGCUUUGAUGCUACAGUCUAUUGAACAAAACGCUGAAAAUCAUCUAUACUUUUUUUAUUGUAUUUUAAAAAUGUAAUCUCAAUUCAGUUCAGGCACAGCUAGAACUCAAUAUGCAAAUAAGUAGAGAAAAAGAAACGGUUUUGAAUUCUCCUUUCUCUAUGUUAAGUGACUGGUGCAAGGGGCAGGGCUUAUAUCAAAGAUUGAACUGAAAGCCAAGAUGGAGGCACCUAGUUCCAGGAGAUAGGGGACAUAGGGCAGCAUGGAUUCUACUUUGAACUUUACGUUUCAGAUCUUACAAACAUAUAUUUGUUAAAUAUAGAGUAAUAAGUAAAAACAAUCUUACCAAUCCUGGGAAUUUGCAGUUAUCCUUUAAUUGAAUAGAUUUAACAGAUUGUGUAGCGUUUUACAAUAAUAUGAGGGGGGAUUUAACUAUAAAUAGGACAGUUACAGGAAAACUUACAGGAACAAUAGGUUGAAGAGGACCCUGCUCAAACGAGCUUACAUUCUAUAGCUAUGUGUCCUUCUAAUCUCUUGGCUUCCCUUUUUUAUUCGUCUUUCUUUUUUAUACCCAUUGUAUUUCCUUAUAACUUGCUUUCCUUUGUUGUGGACUUGCUGCAGUAGUCCUUAACCUAAUAUCAGGUCUCUGUUGGUUGAAACAGACAUAUGAUAGUCCCCUGACCAAAAUAAAUAAUUUACUGUAUUGACAAUGCCUUCCCUGUCCACCGGAAAAAAACACUGCUUUAUGCCUAAAGGGUACCUAUUCUGACAAAUCCAACUUAAUCUUAAAUAAUAGAGAAUCAAAUUACACCUAUACAUUGGGCUUGCAAAAUUGCUAGCAAAUGUUAGGAUAAAAAAACAAACAACCCAACCCCAUUCCUUAUAGCAAGUCCAGUCUGUGCUGAUCGGCUCAGAGAUUAGAAAGUUGUGCUUUUUUCUCAAGGAAACCCCCCACUGGGCAUCCCUCCUGCUUGAAUUCAUCCUAAGGGCAAGUAGGGGGAGGGGCAGUCUCUGUGACACCAUCACCAUCACAGAGAGAAUCCACCAGAAAGACUUAUUGCAGUAGCUUUGGACAAUCUGGGAAUGGAGAGUGAGAAUAGAUUAAUUUUACUUGCACAAAGCCAACAUAAAGUGGGAAUAAAUCUGUGUAUUGAUUCAGUGCUAUGGGAAAGUUUGAAUGUGCGCAACUGAUUGCUUACAUGCGCAUUAGGUCACCAAUGCUUCUUUUUGAGGAGCUUUGGAUUGGACCAUGCAGGAGGAAACCAUUCCUCAGAGAGAUGAACAGCACCAAGAGAGCCUUGGCGCUUUAAGAAAGUAAGAACUUGUUUUAUUUUUUUUCUUGUUUUAAUGGCAAGUUGGGGAAUCCUCAGGCAUCAUCCCUUGAUUGAGUGUUAAACUGUUGUCAAACAUUUUAACAAUAAAUGAAAGUCCUAAUGCUAACUUGGCCCCUGCUGGACGUAUGGCUAAAGGGGAGCUUACACUCCAGUCACUGGAACUGAAAACUAAUGUGUCCGCAUUAGCCCAAGCAGCACAACGGGGAAGGUUGGGCUUCAGGCUGGCAAGGGACCCAUAUGCAGUGAUGAUAAACUGUUUAAACAAUGUUUAACACUGUACAGGGGGAAAAUUCCAGUGGUUUCCAUGCAUUAUAAACACGUCAAUUAUAUUAAGUAGAUUUAGUGCCUAGAGUAUCCAUUCAAGGUCUGUAACUUUUGCCAUACUACAUCAUUUGUCAUAAGGAGGUUUGUAGACCACAUUCAAAAGAGUACUGGAGUUUUUAGAUUCUUUGCAAGUCAGACUGCCUUACCUUUUGUCUUCCUGAUUGUUUCAGAAUCACUCAUUCUAUUUUGUCUGUCUUCUCUUCCACUGCAUUGAUCUUGCUUCACUCCAUCCAUUUGAAUCCUCAGGAGCUGGCCUGGAUGAAGCCAUGUUUGUGCAUGCAAGAUCUUAUGAAGAUCUCACAGGAGAAGAGGAGAACUCCUUGCCAGAAAGCCCUGGCGUCGAGGAUGAGGUGGAGCCCAGUAACAUGGAACAGAUCAGCCAGGACUUUACCAAGCUCAGCACCCAACUAAGUGUAAGCUCCUUGCAGGAUGAUGAGCAAACCAAAGACGAGUCUCCAGAUCAGGGGCCAAGGGACAUUUCACAUUCUGUAAGUGGAGAGGAGGAUGGAGAUGGGGCUUUCAAUGACAUUGAUGCCUGGUUCCAGCACCAGAAACAUGUGUUUGUCAUAAGUGAGGCUGGGAAACCUGUGUAUUCACGUUAUCGAUCAGAGGAAGUCCUUUCCAGCACAGCAGGGGUGAUGAUGGCACUUGUGUCCUUCCUGGAGACGGAGAAGAACGCCAUCCGUUCCAUUCAUGCAGGUGAGUAAGGAUAAUGCUUCUUAAUUGUACGGUUCAAAAAAGGAGGUGCUGAACACAUAUAUUUAAUAAAUGGUAGAAAGAUUACAUAUCCAUGUUUUUAAAGGACCACUAUAGGCACCCAGACCACUUCAGCUUAAUGCGGUGGUUUGGGUGACUGGUGCAGCUAGGUUUAACCCUUUUUUCUAUAAAUGAAACUGCUAUGUUUAUAAAUGGGUUAAUCCAGCCCUAGUGGCUGUCUCAUUGACAGCCGCUAGAGAGCUUCCGCGCUUCUCACUGUGAUUUUCACAGUGAGAAGACGCCAGCGUCCAUAGGAGAGCAUUGUGAAUGCUUUCCUAUGGACUGGCUGAAUGCGCGCUCGGCUCCUGCCGCGCAUGCGCAUUCAGCCUAAGAGGAGGAGGAGGAGAGCUCCCCGCCCGGCGCUGGAGAAAGAGGUAAGUUUAACCCCCUCCUCCCCCCUGAGCCCGGCGGGAGGAGGACCCUGAGGGUGGGGGCACCCUCAGGGCAUUAUAGUGCGAGGAAACGGAUAUGUUUUCCUGGCACUAUAGUGGUCCUUUAACUGUUACCGAAAAAAAACAUGUAAAGGCCGGUAUUUAUUUAACUUCAUUCGUUUCUGCAAGCUUUCACUUGGAUAUUAAAAUUGGAUUUAGUUGUAGAUGUUGUUUGUUGUUUGUGACGGAAGCUCCCGUGCCACGGCAUUUUGGAGAGGCUUGAAAACCAGCCUCCUGCCAAAAGAUUGUGUGCCUUAUUCCAAUAGUUAUUGGUGCUAUUGUCAUUGUGGGGAGAUGUAUGUGGGCCCCAGACGCUAGGUUUUAGGACUUCUGGGAAUUGCCUGUACUCUUUUUACAACUUGAGUGCUUGACCGGGAGAUACUCUGAAACUGUUCCACGGAUCGGGACUGUACCAUGGUCCGGUCAAUUUAAGAAGGUAUUGUUCAAUUAAGGGCUUGAAAGAGCUCCCCUCCCCUGAGGUCCAGAUAUGGUAACUUUUAAUACGCUGCAAAUUUUUCAAUCACUGCACUUUUUUGACAAAGAGGGCACUCGGUGAUAAGCUGACAAGGACGAUAUAUUGUGUGGGGGUUCGGUAAAGGGAAAGGGGCUCUGGCAGACAUCUUGUGUGCUGUGCCUCGAGGACUAUGAGUGCACCGCAGGGAGAUGAUUCUGUUCGCUGGGGAUAAUGUGAUUUAAGUUUCUCAGAGUGGUGCUGGUGAGAGAUAACUGCACUGUAAAUUCUACUGUAUGAAAGCUCCCUGCAUGGAGGGUCAACAUUGUUCUAUGUAAAUAGCUGUGUAAUAAAAAAAAAUAAUUUUACUGCCUACAUUCACACUCGUCUAAUUUGUAAGGAAAAGCUGCAGUAAAGCUAUAAUCACUGCUCUACAUGUGAGAGGGUCUGCAGAGCUAUAUUCACUGCAAUAGUCUGGUUUAGUGGAAGAAGUCCUCGGAGACCCUAGUCAAGCUACAGGACUGGAUCUGAAGUGCUCCAGGGAUCCUGGUAGCAGAGCAAAAACUGACCUAGCGGGGUACUUUAGUCAGUGUGCAGGAGCUUCAUCACAUUGUUGUUUUGCCUUUAAAUUAUUUUUUUCUUUAAAUCCAAAGUAUGUUUACAGUGUUUGUACUAUCAAAAAAACAAAAAACACAAUAACUUAAAUUUAAAGGACCACUAUAGGCACCCAGACCACUUCAGCUUAAUGAAGUGGUCUGGGUGCCAGGUCCAGCUAGGGUUAACCCUUUUUUCUAUAAACAUAGCAGUUUCAGAGAAACUGCUAUGUUUAUAUUAGGGUUAAUCCAGCCUCUAGUGGCUGUCUCAUUGACAGCCGCUAGAGGCGCUUGCGUGCUUCUCACUGUGAUUUUUUUGAGAAUGCUUUCCUAUGAGACUGUCUGAAUGCGUGCGCGGCUCUUGCCGCGCAUUCAGCCGAGGAGGAGAGCUCCCCGCCUGGCGCUGGAUAAAGAGGUAAGUUUAACCCCUUCCUCACCCUAGAGCCCGGUGGGCGGGGGGCCCUGAGGGUGGGGGCACCCUCAGGGCACUAUCGUGCCAGGAAAAAGAGUAUGUUUUCCAGGCACUAUAGUGGUCCUUUAAAGUCAGUCCUAGUGUCUAAUAUCAGUAAUGAAUGCAGCCUUGGAAACACAUUUGCUUUACUUAGGCAGAUCACACUUUUUAGGUACAAAUAAGCUUUUAUGAGUUUGGCUCAAAACUUAUUCUGACAUUUUAGUGUGGUCUAACAUGCUCUUUAUUUCUUUGUUUCUUUCUGCAGAUGGAUAUAAGGUGGUGUUUGUCCGUCGUUCUCCUCUAGUACUGGUCUCUGUGUAUCAUACUCUUCAGUCAGAACUGGAGAUUGCUCAAGAGUUACUGUAUGUCUACUACCAAAUACUUAGUCUACUAACAGGAACUCAGCUCCACCAUCUCUUCCAGCAGCGACCCAGCUAUGACUUGCGACGUUUACUUGCCGGCUCUGAAAGAAUUACAGACAGCCUGCUGGAUCUGAUGGAUAUUGACCCCAGCUUUUUACUGGGAGCUGUUCGAUGUCUGCCCCUUGCUCUUGCAGUCAGAGGUUAUAUAAGCUUUUUUCUUCUUCAGGCCAAAGCCAAGAGCCUGGUCUUUUCAAUUCUUAUGUCGAGGAACCAGCUGAUCAGUCUGGUCAGAAAAAAGGACCAAUAUCUGCACCCACUUGACGUGCAUUUGCUCUUCAACCUGGUCACGUGCUCCAGUUCCUUUAAGGAAGGUGAAGCAUGGACACCAGUUUGCCUUCCCAAAUUCAACCCAUCUGGCUUCUUCCAUGCUCACAUUUCCUACAUUAGCCAAGACCCUGAGCUCUGUCUGCUGCUUAUUUCCACUGACCGAGAAGACUUCUUUACUGCAUCUGACUGCAAACGAAAAAUUGUGGAGAGUCUAGAGAAACAUGCAUGUUGGCCCCUAUUGAAAGAAGCUCUGAAAAAUCCCUUCUAUGAUGUUGCCAGUAUUGGGGUCCCAGAACUAAGGCAUUUUCUCUAUAAAUCUAAGAGUUCAGCUUUCUUCACCAGGUAAGUGGGUGUAUUAGCAUAGUUAGAAUAUCAAGUAACAGUUCCAGAGAAAUGGAUAAGGAAGUCAAUGCUAUAACCGUAAGUCCAAAUAAAGUAUAUUAAAGGCUUCUUUGUAGGCCCCUCUAAAGUUUUGACACAUUUCUGUAAAAUAUCCUAAAUGUUUGAAUAUAUUACAUAAUUUUAUAGGCUGAAAAAGACUUUCAUCCAUCAAUUUCAACCUUUCUCCCAUCUGUAUCUGCUGUUAAUCCAAAAAUAGCCCUUUCGAAUUUUACAGCAAACUAGACAAAAAAAAAAUAAUUUAAGUCCAGAAUGGCAGUCAGAUUUCUUCUUCGAUCAAGAAGCUUAUUUCACUUGUUCAGCCGAAAAAGUUACCAUUAAUAACAACUCUCUGUUCUUUCUUUAAAAAAAAAACACUAUACAUCCAGACCAAUUCAUCUCAAUAAAAUGGUCUGGGUGCUAUGUGUCCCCCAUUUUAACCCUGCAAUUGAAGACCUUCCCCUUCUGCAGGAUCGGCAUGGUUUCUUUGCAGGGUUAAUCUACCUCUAGUGGCUGUCAUACUGACUAUCUCUAUGAUCGAUCUCGAUGAUCUCAACUAAAGAGAUGGAGCGGCAUGUAGCAGACCAGCGAUGCGAAAAGGUAAAUAAUCACCUCUCUUAACCCAGCAGAGCUGGCCUCAUUACCUAAACUGUAACUAGGGCACUCUAGCAUUUGGAAUAAAUAUUUCUAUACUCAACUCUAAAGUGUUCCUUUAAGCCAAUGUUCUACCUAAGAACAGGAAUUUUAAUCUAGAACAAUUUCUUUAAGUCUGAAUACAAACCUAUUGUGUGGAACCAUAUUAAAUAAAAUCCAAGUGGUUAACCGCCACUGCUACAUACUGAUUUAUACUUCUUACUACUUUUUAGAAGAGUUAGUUUGACUUUAGUUUAAUAAAACCAUGCUGAUUUUUGAUCAUGUUGUUGUUGUUCCUAAUGAAUUUCUGAAAAUUAGUCGUUAAUAACUUUUCGAAUAUUUUCCCAGUCACAGAAGUUAAGCUCACAGGUCUAUCAAAUAUUUUGAACCCCUUUUGAAUAUAGGAACCUCAUCUACCUUCCUCUAAUCCUCUGGUACAGUUCCUGAAAGAAAAGAAUCUUGAAAGAUUAAAACGAUUCACUUUUUUCCACACGUAGCUCCUUAAGUACCUGUGGGCGGUGGCGUACCUACCACGGUUGCAGCUGCAACCAUGGGCCACCACAACUUCAGGGCCGGUGCAUGGCCGCACCAGCCUGGGGCCCGCGGUUGCUGGGUGACCGGCAGGAGGGGAGUGCUGUGCUGCUCACCUCGUGCCAAACUCUGGCUGUAGCGUGGUCGAGUGGAUCGUGGUCUCACAGGAAGUGCUUACUGAGAUAGCACAUCCUGUCAGACAGGGUACCACUCUGCCAUGUUACACAGAGUCAGAAGGUACAGGAGGUGUGAGAGGGAAUGAGACAAAUGGAGGGAUCGGGGGGGGGGAGGGGGAUGGAGACACAUGUUGGGAUCGGGGGGAAUGAGACACAUGGGUGGGGGAUGAGACACAUAGAGGGCUUAGGCGGGAGAGGGAAUGAGACACAUGUGGGAGGUGUCUGGGGGGGAAUGAGACACAUGGGUGGGGGAUGAGACACAAAGAGGGCUCAGGCGGGAGAGGGAAUGAGACACAUGGAGAGACUGCCGGGGAGAGGGAAUGAGACAAAUGGCGAGGCUGCCGGGGAGAGGGAAUGAGACACAUGGCGAGGCUGCCGGGGAGAGGGAAUGAGACACAUGGAGAGGCUGCCGAGGAGAGGGAAUGAGACACAUGGAGAGGCUGCCGAGGAGAGGGAAUGAGACACAUGGAGAGGCUGCCGAGGAGAGGGAAUGAGACACAUGGAGAGGCUGCCGAGGAGAGGGAAUGAGACACAUGGAGAGGCUGCCGAGGAGAGGGAAUGAGACACAUGGAGAGGCUGCGGUUGUGGGGUGGAUGAAACACAUGGGGGGGGAGGGGGAGGCAACUUUUUCACUGUGGCCCUAUGUUUUCUAGUUUCUCCUCUGCCUGUGGGUAAAUACCAUCUGGCCCUAAAGCAUUUUCUUUCUUUAGAUGCUGCAGCACUGUGAGUCAUCCUUUCUGUACAUAUUUUUUUUUUUUUUUGCAGCAAUGAGUUGCAGAUCUCUUGCAUUGGGUUCCUCCACAUUUUUGCUAUUUUCUUUUUUUCUAUCCAUCCUAAGCAAUGUGUAACUGUCCAGUCAUGUGUUUGAUUCCACCAUGUUUCCAUUGUUGUCAUUUUGCUUAGUGUAUGCUAUUGCCUCUAGUUUCCCCAUUUUAUAGAGGCUUCUUGCAAGCAUCCAUUUAAUUGUCAUAACCCACUUGUACUGUAUAUAUAACCCUUUACUAUAUCCCUUCUCUGUUCUAAACUUUCUGUUACUGCACCAUUUCCUCCUGCCUUCCCCCUGAGUUAAAGCCCAUCUCCUUUCUGUUCUAUCUUCAUUUUGUAGACUUUUGUGUCCCUCCCCAUCACUUGUUUAAAAGCUCCUCCCAACCUUCUAGCCAUACAGUCCCCUAGCACAGAAUAUUCUCUUGCGAUUUGAUGCAAGCCAUCAUGGCAUGGCACAUUCUUUAGAAAACUCUCCAUUUUCGUCUGACGUUGACUUUUUUUUUUUUUUUGACAUUCUUUAUUUUUGUUUUUCAUUAUUAAAUCACAGCAUGUAUAUUCCAUACAAUUUAACAGGUGAUGACGAAUAAACAGGUCAGUUAUGAGUAUAACAGCAUCAAGAUGGUUUCAACAACUGGUUGAUAGGUUGUGUUUGAGUUUUUAGCGUCAAUAAAACAAUAACCAAUCUGAUGUGUUGUGAUAUGUCAUUGGCCCUGUAUGGGGUUAGUCCCCUGUGUGUUUGGGUGUGUAUGGGGUUUGCGGUUAGUCCGCAAGAUUCAUGCGUGGAAGUGUGUCUCCGUCGUGCUGGGGAUGUAAUCUACUCGUCUGGUACUUGCUAUGUCUGUGCAAUGAUCUGUCGGGGGGGUUGUAUUGGUGCGGGGGCGCCGUCCAUCUCCACCGGGCCUCCUCCUCCCGUCCUUUUUGAUGUGUAGUCCAUCCAUGGGUACCACAUCACGGCGCAUUUUUCCUGGCGUCCCUGCAGGGAGGCUGUCAUCAUCUUCAUGUUAUAUAUCAUCUCCACCCUAUCUACCCAUUGUUGUAGGGUUGGAAUCGUCGAGCUUUUCCAGAGGAGUGGGAUGAGCUGACGUUGACAUUUGUACCACUAUAGACCAUAACAGCCAGGUCAUCCCCAGCCCCUCACAAAAAUCCAUCCACUUUAUCAGCAACAUGUUGGACCCAGGCACCAUAAGUAAACUAUCCGGUUCUGGAGAUCAAAGCGGAAUAUUACUCUGUCCACUACCACCACAAUCUGCUUAGCCUUUCUUAUAUUAUUGAUCACGCAUACUAGUAAGGCUGUUCCCCAGGCUGUUAGAAUAAGGAGCUUCUCCAGUACAGCUAUUGCUCCUGGUCUGAAGCUCCCAACAUCUAUAGCCAAAUGGGCAAAUCUACUAGGUUUCAGAAAAUCAUGACUAGCCAAACCUUUCCGUAUACCUCCCCACCCCCUUGCAACCACAUGUAGCUGUUUUGAAAAUUGAAAGGGAUGGCAACUUCUGGAGUUCCAUUGGUUUGUUCCAUCCUCCUCCUCUUUGCCACUUAGAUGGCCAAAGAGAGUCUUAACAACUUAAGCUGCUAGCUCUGAUAUAGUGAUGUAGAGCAAGACUCCAUAGGGAACCAAAUAAAAACAACUAAAAAACUACAAACAAGAAAACCACCACUGUAUAGUGCACGAAAACUUGCAUGCAUUUGAUUAUGCAUUUUGAUUCAUUGAGGAUAUAUCUACAAAAAACAAACAUUUGCAAGGCUGCAGGCAUGAGAACUACAGGUUUUGCAAGUCCUCCCCUCCUAACUCAGCCCAGACUUUCUUUGACUGUCCAAUCACAGUCUUCCCAAUGCAGCUCAAUGAGAAGUCUUCGAAAGACAGAUGAUCUGAGCAAUUGCUGCCUUUUGAAUUUAGCUCCACUGAGCUAACCAAAUCAGGAAGUAACAUAAUCUGUUGUCUGAUUGACAACCAGGGGGGUGUUAAAAAGUUAGUUUAUAAAAGUGCCAAUUUCUAUUGAAAGCUGCACUUUUUGUAAAAUGAAAAGAGGACCACUCUUCACACAUAGAGCACUUCACCAAGCUAAAUUGCUUAAGGUCUUUGGAGCGUCUCUUUACGAUUAAAAGGAUACUACAACCACACUCUGGGCACCAAUACAAUUUAAUAAGUUUUGAUCUCCUAUUCUAGCAGCAUUUCCUUCCACUUGUAAAAUCACCAAUAAUCUAUGGAUGGAACUGCUAUAAAAGACUUCCAUCUGAAACCACAACUUUACAUAUACAUUUGCUGCAAGAAACCAGUCAGACCACCAAACCCAGAACUGAUGCUUUUCAUUCUAAUAAACAGACUUUCUGAAAGAAAAAUGUAACCGUAUAUUGACAUGGGAUGCACAAACCAUUCUAAAAUACAGAGAAGUGUUUGUGUUUGGAAGCCUUGCAUUCUUAUGUUCCUAUAGAGCAGACUUUUGCAUAGCAGAUAUUGCAAGAGAACCUGGAUUUGCACAUGGCACAGAGUUUAGAUCAGAAGGCAAAAUUCAUAUACCAGCAAUUUGACAAAAGGAUGAUAAUAAUAUGGGGGAUUAACUCUGCUUGUAACUUUAAAAUAAAAUUAAUUUCACUUAUACAUUAUCCGUCCAAUUAUUUGUAGUGUGUGAACAUACGCUGAGUGUUAACCUCAUACAAUGAGCAUUUAGAUUGAUUCCGCUCUGCCCCAAAAAACGAUUCCAUUCUAAUAAAAGAUACAAGGGAGAUUCAGCUGCCCUGAAAUGGCUGCAUCAGAAAUUUUAACUAUUGCAAUAUUUCCACAGAGCUACUCAUUGCAUAGUGCAUGCUCAUAUAAACAUGAGGGCAAACAAAGUGAAAUUAUUUUUUGGAGAAAAGCUGAAUGGGCUUAAUGUACCAGGGAAAUCUCUGGGUUUUGGCAAGUAUGCUCCAGUGGUAAUUGUGCUUACAGUGUACCUUAAAGGACCACUUACGUCACCUAGCUCACUUAACAUCAAAUACAUGAUUUGGAUGCGGUGACCCUGUCAUGGCUUGGUUAUAAACUCCUCUAGUGACUGUCUCCUCCAGAAGUGAGUGAAAAUCGGGUUGACAUCAAAUGCUGCUGAUAGACGAUUUUUGAUUGUAGGUGUGCUGCAUUUGGCCAUGCAUACCUUGUUCCAAUCCAUUGCUUCCAAUCCAUGAAGUAGAGGAGAUCACAGGUGGAGGAUCCUUGAUACUGGAAACGAGUAUUUAAGUUAAACAAUCACAGCAGAUUCUUCUUGGGAUGGACGUGUGGACGUAACAUGCCGCGCACGUAAUGAGGAGGGGCUGAUGCCACGAGUCCCUAAGGAGCACACAGAGAGUGGUGAAAUUUCCCUUGCCCGGGCCAUCUAAAGCGAAACUACAUACCAGGGCUUCGGCGCAAUACUGGAAGCAAGGACUUAACAGACUUGCCGGUAUGCGAUUGUCCUGAUCCACGUUGGGCGGACGAUGAGCUGAAUGCUAAUCACUGGGAGAUAUAUUCACCCUUCUGGGAUAAGCUACCCAGAUAAGAUAUAUAUUUUUUUCUCUUUUUCUUUUUAUAAGCUUGGUAUUACCACACAAGUGGAUAAUAAGCAAUAUAAGAGAUACUUAUAUGACAUAAGAUAUCUUGUUAAAAACCUAAUUCCAUCUGAAUAACUUCUUCAUUAUAAACAGACUUUUUUUUUUUUUUUUUGGACACUGCAUAUUGGUAGGAGAGCAGAGCAAGAGUUAAAGGAAGGAAAGAAAGGAGGAGAAGAGGGAAAGGAGAGAAAAAGGGAAACAGAACAUCAAGACUGACGUCAUCUGCAAUCGGCUUGGUAUUACUACACAAGUUGAAUAGAAGGAAUAUAAGGGACACUUAUAUGAUCUAAGAUAAAAGAUAGCUCGUUAAAAAUAUAAUCCCAUGUGAAUAACUCCUUCAUUAUAAACUAAGGCCAUCCUUUUUUUUUUUUUUUUUUUUAAAUGGCUACCAAAAAAGCCGCUCUGGUCUCAAAUGUCUCAACAAAAAGCGAUAGGAGGGACCCAAAACAGGAUAAGAAUCUGGAUGGGUACUUCUCUCAGCAAACCAAAGAAAAGAGAGAAUCCUCAAAUUUUUCCACAUCUGUUUUGGAAUCUUCCAUUACAGAUAUAAAUAAAGAUGAUGAAGAAAUUACUAUUAAAACCUUUAAACUCAAGUCUUCAAGCCGUAUUAGAGGAAAUAAAGAAGGAAAUUUCCUCAAACUCUGCAGCAAUACGUGCUGAAAUUAGAAGUGAACUAAAUAGGUUAUCAGAUACAUUUCAGGCUAUGGAGGACAGACUAAUAAACACAGAUUUUCAGAUGGCAACUCUAAAUGAUGAAGUAAAAGCUAUGGCUGUAAAGAUUCAAAACCAAGAGAAUAAAAUAGAAGAACUAGAAGAUCGCUCACGAAGAAACAAUCUCAGAUUUCGCAAUUUUAUGGAAACUAACAAUCAAGACAAUUUGCAAGAAGUUUUAAAGGAAUAUUUCUUAGCCUUGGGCCUCCAGGUAAAUGGAUUUGAUGAAAAAAUAGUCAGAUGUCAUCGUAUUCAUAAGCCAGCAAAUCUGUCUUCUGAAAUUCCGAGAUACAUAAUUGCUUCCUUCUAUUCAUCGGAAUUUAAAGAGAAAGUACUAAGUGCUAGCAGAGAUAAAAUUAUUAACGAUGGCCUUUAUUCAAAGAUAAUUGCUCUGCCAGAUCUAUCUUUUGGUAAGGAUUUUUGCUCCAGAGAUAAGCAUCAUCAAGAGACACAACAUUUAAAUGGCUUUCCCCUACGAAGAUGGUCAUAUAUACAGAUGGUCAGGCAGAGACUUUUGACCACCCAGAUAAGUUAAAAACAUGAAUGAUGAAUAAAUCUCUCCACUGACUCUUUUAGUCAUUACAUUAUAUCGGAUGGCUUGGGAGUUUUUUUUUUUUUUGUUUUUUUUAUAUAUAUAUAAUGGAAAUCUUCUCGGAUACUUCAAUUUAGUAUUGUACACAGGUGAAAUAAGGCUGAAUGAUGUAUUAAUUAUUUUAUCACUAAAGCACUAUCUUAUUUUUUUGCUACAAUAUAUCACAGAUUAAUAGAGGUCCUAUUAGGAUUAAUAAUUAUUAUAUUUGAUGCUACAGUAAUCAUCACGAUAAGAAGUAGGAAUUUCUAGGCAAUUAAAUAUUAUAAAAGGGAGGGAGGAGAAGGGGAUAUAACUAACCACAGAUAAAUGUUUAAAUUGAUAAAAUGAUCUAACUCACAUUAGAAUAAAUUAUGUUUAAGGUUGAAGUAAUGAACGCGUACUCCACUUAAGGUUAUAGUAAUCAUUGGAUUGAUUUAGUAAAUUUUGUAGCAAUACAGCACUUUAUAUGAUAUAUCAUAUUUAAUUAAUAAUAUUAUUGUUAUGGUUUUUUUUUUCUCUCUUCUCUUCUCGGUAUAUGUAUAUAACAUGAGCUUAAAGGUGAUUUUGGGCAAUGGCCUCAGCCCCUCUUUCUGUGUUUUAACACAGGUAUUCCAAAUCUUCCAGUCUUAGCAAGGUUGUUGGAACCCAUGGCUUGUAGACCAUGGGGUCAUAUUGUGUUAAUUGUAGAUGGAAGUAAGGUGUUCCAUCUUUUGUUUGUCUUGUCCAAUGUAUUGGUUGUUUUUUUCUUGGACACUGCUUUUAUGUAUAUUUUAAAAGACCCUUACUAUUGAAUAGUAUAUUGGUAAAUAAGUUAAGGGCUGGAAUACAGGUAAUUUCUAGGUACAGUAUAAUUACUCCUUCUAAAAUUUAGAUGUUGAGAUUUAAGUCUAUCAAUGUACAGGGUUUGAAUACAAGGUGGAAGAAACAGAUACUAUGAGUCUGUGAUUUCCCAUAAAAUUCAGAUACUCUUUCUUCAAGAAACUCAUUGCAUUAAGUCAGCAACACAAAAAUGGGGUGGAGAAAAAUAUAAAUACAUUUAUCAGGCAUCUCUAGAUAAAGAUAAGAAACGUGGGGUAGCGAUUUGUAAUUGAUUAAUAUCUUAAACACGAUAUAAAAUUAAUAGAUUUGGAUCCUAGUGCUAGAUUCCUUAUUAUCAUAUGUUCUAAGAUAAACUAUUUACUUUAGUAAAUGUGUAUUUACUAAAUCUUAAUCCAACAACACUUCUGUCCAAAAUUCUUUCUAGAAUAGAGCACAUCAUUUCUGGUACCUUAAUUAUUAUGGGCGAUUUUAACUGUGUUUUCGACCCACAUAUUGAUAAAAAAUCUUGCCAUAAGCUGAAGUCUGAUGGGCAAGUCUGUAAGCAAGCUAAGACAUUGACAAACCUAGCUGCUCUUUACGGUCUAGAUGAUGCUUGGCGAAUGUUCCAUCCAGACACUGCUGAUUUCACACAUCUGUCUAAGGUCCACAAUUCCUAUUCCCGAAUAGACCUCUGUUUGGUUAAAGCCACUACCCUUAAAGAAAUAGAAAUUAUCCAAAUUAAGGACAAUACAUGGUCAGACCACUCCCUUCAGAUUCUCCAGUUAGGAAGGUCAAUACAGAAUUUGAUGAACUCUUGGAGAAUAGAUGAUUCUCUUUUUAAACUUAAGGUAAAUUUCAAUCUUAUAAUAGAAUUAUCUAGAUUCUACUGGAAUGAAAACCUUAACCAUGAUAUUUCGGAUUCCUCUUUGUGGGCAGCUUAUAAAGUAGUCAUUAGAGGAUAUCUUAUUAAAAUGGAAAAAAAAUUCUAAAAAAUUGUUGAAUAGGGACCUGGUGGACCUAAACAUAUUAUACUUCAAUACCUCUAAAUUGAAUAAGGAUCACCCAACGCCUCAACUUAGUGCAAGAUUAGUUGAACUCCAAAAACUUAUUAAUGUAAAAUUAGAGGAAAAAAUUAAAGUAACUAUUAAUAAAUUAAGAUUAAAUUCUUCUUAUCAAGGUAACAGGGCGAAUAAGAAAUUAACUACGAGGUUAAAAAAACAAAAUAUUACUAAUAGAGUCAAUAAACUCGUUGAAAAAAGGAAUAACAUAUUCCUCUCCAGAAACUAUUGGCCAAACAUUUAACGAAUUCUAUACUAAACUUUAUAAUCUCAACAUCGUUUCUGAUAGGACUGGAAUAAAACAGUACUUAAUAAAUACAAUUAUUCCUAAGGUUACUGACUUGGAAUUGGAUCAGGUUAAUUUUGAAAUUACAUUAGAUGAGGUGGAAAUACAGAUAGAUAAACUAGAACUCCUAAAGACACCUGGGCCGGAUGGAUUUAGCAAUGGUUUUUACAAAAUUAUGAAAAAAGAAAUCAGUAAGCCUCUUGUGGCCUUCUUUAAUGAAAUCUCUCUAAAGACCACAAUCCCAGAUGAAUUUUUACAAGCCAAUAUUCUCCCAAUUUUAAAAAUGGAUAAAGAUCCUACUGAUGUCAGAAAUUAUAGACCAAUUUCUUUAAUAAACACCGAUUUAAAAAAUCUAUGCAGCAAUUCUAGCAAAUAGACUAGGACUGUGUAUUGAGAAAUUGGUCCAUUCAGACCAGGUAGGAUUUGUUCAGGGCAGGUCUUCAGAUACCUGCACUAGGAGCAUCAUAGAUAUUCUUGAUCUUAUUGAGCGUCGGGAGAUCCCAUUUUUGGCCCUGUCACUGGAUGCAAAGAAAGCCUUUGACAGGGUCAGCUGGGGAUUCCUCAACGAGAUAUUAACCUCCUUUGGUUUCAUGGGUUGGAUGAUGCCAUAAUGGCCCUUUAUUCUAGACCCCAAGCUGGAACUAUAGGUGUUAAUAUUAUGUCCGAUUGGUUCAGUUUGAAGAACAGUACACGUCAGGGUUGCCCUUCAUCCCCCCUUUUGUAUAUUCUUACACUCGAGCCGCUUGCAAUUAAUAUUAGAAAUAACUCAAAUAUUGAGGGCUUUCUAAUAAAUAAAAAAAAACGGGAGGUAAAAAUAUUCGCAUAUGCCGAUGAUAUAUUAAUUACACUUACGGCCUUGGAAGCUUCAUUAAGUUUUUCUUAUGCAAACGACCAAUAUUCUAAAGUUUCUAAGUCAACUGCCAUAACUAUGAAUAUUGAUAAAUAUAGAUUAGAUGAACUAAAAUACCGUUUUGACUUUAGAUGGUCUGAUGGUAAUUUCACUUAUCUCGGCAUUACAAUUUCUUCCCAGGUUAGCAAAAUUAUGGAAAUAAAUGUCCUAAACCUUUUAAAAUAUACAAAUAUAAAGUUGAAAGAGUGGCGAAACUUAGAAAUGUCUUGGUCUGGUAGAAUAAACAUAAUCAAUUAAUUUAUCAUUCCUAAAUGGACAUAUUUAUUUAGAAUGAUACCUUUGGCUGUCCCAGACAGUUGGCUUACAAUGAUUCAGUCUAGUAUCCAACUCUAUAUCUGGCAAGGUAAAAAAACAAGAACCAGUAGGAAGGUGUUAUCGAGAAAAUACAACCAAGGAGGAUUGAACUAUCCAGAUAUUAGAACAUGCUACUUUUUAAAUAUUAUCACUCAUGUAUCUAAAUUUCAAGUCGAAUCCUUUAGAGAUGACGUUUGGUAUAAGAUUGAGUCAGAGGUUGCGAGUAAGGAUAGACUUGAAUUUUUCCUAUGGUUCAACAGUGGGGAAAAAAAUUUCAAACGACCUCAAUCAAAUAUCACUGGUUCUGUCACAAAUGGUUAGGGCUUGGGAUCUUGUAAAGAAGCUCUUGAAUAUUUCUAAUAGGGUUAUUAAUACAUAUCAUUUGGAGGUUUUAGAACAUAAUAUGCUGGAUAUAUCACUUCAAAAUUGGCCUAAGUCCCGUAGAUCUAUUAAAGAAAUUAUACAGAAUGACUUAAUAAUGUCUUUCCAAGAGAUACAAGUUAAAUUCUCUCUCCCUAAUAAAGAACUCUUUACCUAUCUUAGGAUAAAGAAUUUUCUUGGUUUAUCACUGCUGAAAUCUACCUGAGAAAGUUUAUUAUUUUAUUCAGAAGAUUUUUAAUUAUUCAAAAGUUAAAAAAGUUCUUUCAAAAUCUACUAAUUGAUUUCAAGCUUAGAUCAAGCUCCACUAAAUAAGAUAAAUGGAAAAAGGAAUUAGAGAUCGACUUUACUGAUAACGAUUGGUGUGCUACUCUUAUAGAUAUUCGAAAAAAUAUUCACUGCCUGAACAUAAUAGAAUGUCAGUAUAAGCUUAUGAAUAGAUGGUAUAUGACCCCAGAUAAAAUAAGUAAGAUGUAUCCUGAUCAAUUACCACAUUGUUGGCGAUGCGGAAGUUUAGAUGGGUCUCUCAUCCAUAUAAGGUGGUACUGUAACUUAGUUAAAUGCCUUUGGAACUGGUGUUUUGACGCGUUGAAUUCUUUGUUUAAUAUUUUAAUUGGAAAGGGCCCAGAUAUUGCUCUUCUGCAUUUAAACUGGAAUGUUUCGUCCUCUGUAUCUAAAUAUUUAAUAAUUCACUGCUUUUUAGCAGUUAAAAUUACAAUUGCAAGACAAUGGAAGUCUCGCUCAUUAUUCCAAAGGAGACAAUUUAAUGAUCAAUUAUUAUUCCAGCUUCGCAUAGAAAAGAUUUUAUGGGUUCCUCAUCCUAUUUUAUAGAUAAACAUCAACAUUUUGUUAAAUGGAUUGAGAUGUUAGAAAAUAUACAAUUACUGUUUGUUGACCUAUGAUAUAAUCCAACACCACAUGUACGAGAACCAUGUUUACAUCUGGAAUAUUUGACUGUAACUUAACAUAUUUGCUGAUUCUGUAUAGAGGUUCUAAUGUUAAUAAUUUAACAUUUGAUGCAGUAGUACUGUUUGCCAUACUUGAUUACAAUUAACCUCAUUAUCAAAUUUAUGUAAGCACUUGUCCUUUUAAUGUUUGAUUUUAUGUUGUCCAUUUUUGACAAUGAUCACAUUGCUAUAAGGAAAUCUCUAGAUCCAAAAUAGCGAUUAUUUUCAGGACUAUAGGUUCCCUUUAAAAGACGCAUUCUGCUAGGAAAAUGUUUGGAGUAUAUAUUCUAACAAGCCCAGAAUAAGAUCUUAUAAUUCACAUUUUGUGCUGUUAGAAUGUAACUUCUGAUCUGGUUAUUUGGACUUCGCCAAAUAAAUGCAUUGAUAAUUGAAACAGAUUAAACACUGAAUCAGAAUUAUUACAAUUUUACCUUGAAGAGAUGUAUACAGUUACCCAUAGAACAAAACUUUAAACCUGUGCAAUCAGCAGAAAUAUUGUUUCCAUGUUGAUUGCUUCUUCUUUUUUUUUUUUUAUAUAAACAUACCCCAACAAUUUCUAUCUCUACCACACCCGUGUGUGCCUCAAAGUUCUUUUUUAUGUGUAGCUCUGUUUGCAAUAUAACUAAAUCCACUGCUGUCCAUGACUUCUUCAUCUCUCGUUCAAUAGAUUUACUAGCCUUAACAGAAACCUGGCUCUCCCCCUCUGACACUGCCACCCCUGCAUCUUUGUCCUUCGGUGGUCUCCAUCUUACCCACAACCCAAGAAACUCUGAAUGUAAAGGUGGUGGUGUUGGGUUUCUCCUCUCCCCCACUGCUCUUUUAAAGCUCUUCCCACCCCCCCCCCCUUCCCUCUCUUUCCCGUCAUUUGAAAUACACUCAAUUCGCCUUUUCAAACCCUUCUUUGCUAACAUUGCUGUUAUUUACCGUCCCCCUGGUUCCCCUCUUCUCUUCCUUGACCACUUUGCUGCCUGGCUACCCUAUUUCCUCUCUUCUAACAUUCCAUCCCUAAUUCUCGGGGACUUCAAUAUUCCUAUUAACCCACCUUUGACCUCUGCAGCCAAUAAACUACUUUCAAUUACUUCCUCCCUCGGGCUAUCACAGUGGGCAAAUUCUCCCACCCAUGUAGCUGGCAAUACCCUUGACCUAAUCUUCACUUAUGCAUGUACUGUAUCUAAUAUCUGCAACACUCCGUAUCCACUCUCUGAUCACCACCUCUUAUCGUUUGCUCUCACGUACCCCCUCACCCAACAACCUCCGCCUAACCAGCCUCAACUCAGGAGGGACCUUAAUUCUCUUGAUCUCCAACAGUUGUCAGCUGACAUUGAUUCACAACUGCUGUCCAUCCCUUCCCUCUACUGUCCUUCACUGGCCAUCUCCAUAUAUAACUCUACUCUUACAUCUGCCUUGAACACUGCAGCGCCACUCCAAACAAGCACCUCAAGGAGGACCUGCCCCCAACCAUGUCAUACUAAAUCAACGCGCUACCUGCAAAGAUGAUCCCGUUGUGCUGAACGCUCCUGGAGGAAGUCUCGCACCCAGUCAGACUUUCCCCAUUAUAGAUUCAUAUUGUGUUCACACAGUGCAGCCCUUGCCCUUGCCAAACAGUCCUAUUUUUCCUCUCUCAUUAGUUCAUGUUCCCGCAACCCCAGGCAUCUCUUUGACACCUUUAAUUCUCUUCUUCGCCCCGCUGUGGCCACCCCCCAAACCAACCUUACUGCUGAUAACUUUGCAUGUUACUUCACUGACAAAAUUGAACAGCUAAGGAAAGAAUUCUCCCCUCCUUGCCUUUCUGUUUCUCAAUCACACAUAGAUCAUGCCUUUCCUACCCUUCAGACAUUCUCCCCAGCCACUGACCAAGAGGUGGCUGCUCUUCUUUGCUCCUCUCGCCCCACCACUUGCCUGCUCGAUCCUGUCCCAUCUCACCUUAUCAGAUCUCUCUCCACUUUUCUCGUGCCUUCUCUAACACACAUCUUCAACUGCUCGCUCUCUUCUGGCAUCAUCCCUGCUGACCUUAAACAUGCCACUGUAGUACCUAUACUUAAAAAAAACAUCCCUCGACCCGUCCACCCCCUCUAACUACCGUCCCAUAUCCCUGCUCCCUUUUUCCUCAAAGCUUCUGGAAAGACUUGUCUUUACCCGUGUGUCUCAUUUCCUCAAUUCCAACUCUCUCCUUGACCCCCUUCAAUCUGGCUUCCGCCCUCUCCACUCUACAGAGACUGCCCUUAUCAAAGUUACUAACGACCUAAUCGCAGCUAAAUCCAAAGGCCACUACUCCAUACUAAUUCUUCUUGACCUCUCAGCGGCCUUUGACACCGUUGAUCAUGCUCUCCUUCUUCAAACUCUGCAAUCGCUUGGUCUCUGUGACUCUGUCCUCUCAUGGUUUUCCUCUUAUCUCUCCCAACGCUCAUUCAGUGUCUCUUUUUCUAAUGAUACCUCCUCCCCUCGCCCUGUCUCGGUUGGAGUCCCCCAAGGCUCCGUCCUUGGUCCCCUUCUAUUUUCUCUUUAUACUGCCUCUCUUGGCAAACUUAUUACCUCAUUUGGUUUCCACUACCACCUGUACGCUGAUGACACCCAGCUAUAUCUCUCCUCCCCGGACCUCUCCCCUGCUGUCCUGCAACGUGUCACUGCUUGCCUUUCUUCCAUCUCUGACUGGAUGUCCUCCCGCUUUCUGAAACUCAAUCUCUCAAAAACUGAGCUCCUUGUCUUUCCUCCUCCUAAUACUGAUCCUCCUCUUUCGCUCUCCCUUCAAGUCUGUGGUACCAACAUCAGCCCAUCCUUGCAAGCGCGCUGUCUUGGCGUCAUACUUGACUCUGGUCUCACCUUUGAGCCUCACAUCCAGCAUGUUGCCAAAUCCUGUAGAUUCCAUCUUAAAAACAUAGCCCGCAUCCGCCCCUUUCUUGCACCAGAUACUACCAAGGAGCUUGUCCAUGCUCUAGUAAUUUCCCGCAUGGAUUAUUGUAACCCUCUCCUGCUUGGUCUUCCCAAAAGCCGUACUGCACCCCUACAGUCUGUAAUGAACGCUGCUGCUAGACUGAUUUUCCUCUCUAGUCGGUUCUCUCACACCUCACCCCUCUGCCAGUCCUUACAUUGGCUUCCUGUGUGCUAUAGGAGUCAAUUCAAGGCACUAACUCACACCUAUAAAGCACUGAACAACUCUAGCCCCUCUUAUAUCUCCUCACAGAUCCAUAGGUAUGUCCCUUCUCGGUGUCUCCGCUCUGCCCGUGACCACCUCCUGUCCAUUGUCCGCACCCGUACGGCCAACUCGCGCUUGCAGGACUUCUCGCGGGCACCUUCCUAUGGAAUAGCCUGCUUCCAGCCAUCAGACUCUCCCCUAAUCUUGCAUCUUUUAAGAAGUGCCUUAAAACCCAUCUCUUUAGGAAAGCUUAUGGCCUCCAAGACUAACCCCUACCUCAAAUACCUGUCUCUUGCCCUCUCCUAAAGGGCAGCCCACCUAAUUUGAUUGCAAAUUCCUGUCCUAAUGUGUUUUACACCCCACCUCCUAUAGAAUGUAAGCUCGAUUGAGCAGGGUCCUCUUCAACCUAUUGUUCCUGUGAGUUUUUUGUAAUUGUCCUAUUUAUAGUUAAAUCCCCUCUCAUAAUAUUGUAAAGCGCUACGGAAUCUGUUGGCGCUAUAUAAAUGGCAAUAAUAAUAAUAGUUGACCAUGUUUUUUGUUUUUGUUUUUUUUUUCUGAUCCUUUCUAAUGUGCCACCCUUCCAGUUUUAAUGUUUUUUUUUGUUUAUGAUUUAAUGAUCUGACUGUUCAUUGGCUGCAGAGUACCUUGAUUGACAGUGAAGGUCUCGAAAAUACCAAAUUACAAUAAUCCACAAUUUUGAAAAGUGAAAGCUGCUGCACAUCUCUUUACUUAUCUAGGUUUUACCUGCUGAACUAGAAAUAACAGAACUUAGGGAAGAUCUGCAACUUUGUGCCUGAACUCUGCAAGUUCAUGUUUACCUUCUCACAGCCAGCCCUAUAGGAUGGGGCCUGCGAACUAAAGAGGGGAGGGCAACAUAAUGUGGGCAAUGGGGGGACAAAAACAAAACUAUUGUAAUGAUGGUGGAAAGCUUGCUCCCCCCUUCCUACCUGUGACCAGCAGGUUGUAGCUACCAGUGGGACUCUAAAUAGCUAAACCCCUCUGCCCCAGGUGGCUAGGAGUCCCCAAUCCAAGCCCCUUAACCCCUUAAGGACCAAACUUCUGGAGUAAAAGGGAAUCAUGACAUGUCAGACAUGUCAUGUGUCCUUAAAGGACCACUAUAGUGCCAGGAAAACAUACUCGUUUUCCUGGUACUAUAGUGCCCUGAGGGUGCCCCCACCCUCAGGGUCCCCCUCCCGCUGGGCUCUGGGGAGGGGAAGGGGUUAAACUUACCUCUUUCUCCAGCGUCGGGCAGGGAGCUCUCCUCCUCCUCUCCGCCUCUUCUCCUCCUCUUCGGCUGAAUGCGCAUGCGCGGCAGAAGCUUCGCGCGCAUUCAGCCAGUCUCAUAGAAAAGCAUUUACAAUUUACAAUGCUUUCCUAUGGACGCUUGCGUCUUCUCACUGUGAUUUUUCACAGUGAGAAUCGUGGAAGCGCCUUUAGCGGCUGUCAAGGAGACAGCCACUACAGGCUGGAUUAACCCAUUUAUAAACAUAGCAGUUUCUCUGAAAAAAAAAAAAAAGGGUUAACCCUAGCUGGACCAGGCACCCAGACCACUUCAUUAAGCUGAAGUGGUCUGGGUGCCUAUAGUGGUCCUUUUUAAGGGGUUAAAAAUAAUGAAAAUAUUAAAAAAAAAUAAUAAUCCAAAAACAUGACAUAAUAAAAUUAAUCCAUCUUUGCCUCAAGAGGGCUCACCUCAGACUGAGCUCUCAUAAUGGGGAGAUCACUUAUACAGGCUUUCCCACAUUAUAUCCGCUAUUGCAUCAUGUGGAGAAAUCUCCCACACUAUGCAAUGUGAGCAAGAGCGCUCUGAUAGGUUGGUUAAUAAGGUGGUUUGAGAGAAGUGAUACCUGGGAAUGCACAAGAAUUGCCAUUGUGCUCAUAAUUUGGUGAUUUUUCACUGGUAUUUGUGCACCUGGAUAAAACUCAGUCUUUAGUGUAUAACCUCGUCAUUCAAUUAAGUACAGUGAAUUAGCGAGGAAGCCCCAUGUUCUGUUCCGAGGAUAAAAAGCUAAGCGUGCAUUCAUUAAACUGUUAGCAAUUUAGUGUUGAUUUCAAAAUUAAUUGAUUAUUUGGCUGGAAAAUGAAUAGUUAAAUAAAAGUAAUUUGUUUGUUUUUUUCCCCCUUAGCCCAGCAAUGGAUAUCCCUUAUCAUACUGAUGCAGAGAAGAAGAGGCUUCUGUCAUUAUACCAGUAUCUACACAGCAAGGCACACUGCAGUUCCCACCCCCUCAUUACCAUUUACCACGUGGGAUCCAAGGAGAACAUUCUUGCCUGGGUAAGUCUUAGUAAACGGAAUGUAUUCUCGCACAUAAGAUAAAAUAUAUAUAAUACUACAGCGCUGUGGAAUAUGUUGGUACUAUAUGAUUACUAUGGAAACUCCUUAUAAUGUCUGUGUCUUUUUUCUCUACUGGCAGGUUACAGAAGCAUUCGAACUAUAUGUCUGUUUUAGCCCAUUGGGGACAAAAUCUUCAGCCGUGAGUGGAGUCACUCGUCUUCUUCGCUGGAUUCGCAAGGAAGAAGAGCGACUUUUCAUCCUUAAUUCCCUCACCUACUAAAACCAUAGCCAAUGCGACUGUGAGCCAUGUAAAUAUGCUACAGCAGGUGUUUUAACAAGUACCAGUAUCCAUUGCACCCUGAACAUCCAAUUCCAACAUCGCAUUAUUUGGGUGAAGCAAUAUUUUCAGCUCAUCUCGCCAUAUGGGAAUUUUUUUGUUGUUCUAUUAGAACUUUCAGGCCACCGCGUUAUUUGGUAUAAUAGGGAUUUGGAUUUCAUUUUAGAAACAACUGUACAGUUUCUUUUAUAUUGGAGUGUGUACUCUAAUCUAAGAACAGAAAACGUUGGUUAUAGGAAAGAUAAAACAAAACACUAAGUGUAUCUUAAACCUGCUUAAUGUGCAAUCAUUAUUUUAUAUUUCUAAUAUGCAUUAAAAGAAAUUCAUAUCAAACAAAAUUAAUUAAACAAAAAAAAUCACGAAAACCUCACUUCUUCAAGAAGGCAUGACAAUUAACCUGUUUAUACGUUCUCGCCCCCGCCACACUAAUCCACUUGUUUCCUUUCCUGUAACUGCGUCAUCUAAAAAAUGAAGACUUCAUUGUAAAUUCUUCUAACUACCUACUUUUACCGUACAUGAAAUACAUCUUACUACUCUUACCUCUUUGUCGACUGAAUGUAAUCUCGUUUAGGCAGGGCUUUCAACACUUGCUGUUCCCAAAUGCCCCCUUGUCUUCUUGCUAAUACUUACUUGUCAGUCCACAAAUUUUACAGCAAUGCAGCAUAUUUUGGCAUUUUAUAAGUAAUAAUGGGUCUUAGAGUGUCCCUUUUUGAAGUAUCUCUGCUUAUUUGCAUGUAUGAGGAGGUGAUGACAGG